CUAUGCGUGAGUGCAUCUCCAUCCAUGUUGGCCAGGCUGGUGUCCAGAUCCGCAAUGCCUGCUGGGAGCUCUACUGCCUGAAACAUGGCAUCCAGCCUGACGGCCAGAUGCCAAGUGACAAGACCAUUGGGGGAGGAGAUGACUCCUUCAACACCUUCUUCAGUGAGACAGGGGCUGGCAAGCAUGUGCCCCGGGCAGUGUUUGUAGACCUGGAACCCACAGUUAUUGAUGAAGUUCGCACUGGCACCUACCGCCAGCUCUUUCGCCCUGAGCAGCUCAUCCCAGGCAAGGAGGAUGCUGCCAAUAACUACGCCCGUGGCCACUACACCACUGGCAAGGAGAUCAUUGAUCUUGUCUUGGACAGGAUUCGAAAACUGGCUAACCAGUGCACGGGUCUCCAGGGCUUCUUGGUUUUCCACAGCUUUGGUGGGGGAACUGGCUCUGGGUUCACCUCCCUGCUGAUGGAGCGGUUCUCUGUUGAUUACGGAAAGAAGUCCAAGCUGGAGUUCUCCAUCUACCCAGCCCCCCAGGUUUCCACUUCUGUGGUUGAGCUCUAA